CGCCCGCCUCGCCGGGGUCUGCGCCUGCGCGGGCGGCUCCGCGCUUCCCCUCUCCCCGCAGUCUCCACAGCCGCGCUCGGAUCUCGCCAGGGCGGCUGCGCACUCGAGGCUGGUCACAGGCAGUUGGUGAAAUGAGUGACUCGGAAGAUGACGAUACCCCCCAGCUUUCUUCCCACACCUUAGCAGCACUCCAGGAAUUUUACGCUGAGCAGAAGCAACAUGCUGACCCAGGUGGGGAUGACAAAUACCACAUUGGAAUAGUAGAAGAGAAUUGGCAAUUGAGCCAGUUUUGGUAUAGUCAGGAAACUGCUUUGCGACUAGCCCAGGAGGUGAUUGCUGCUGCUGGAGAAGGUGGCAGAAUAGCGUGUGUGAGUGCCCCCAGUGUUUAUCAGAAGCUCAGAGAACUACACAGAGAAGACUUCUCUAUAUACAUCUUUGAAUAUGACAAAAGAUUUGCAAUAUAUGGAGAAGAAUUUAUCUUCUAUGAUUAUAACACUCCACUGGAUUUACCUGAAAAAAUUGCUGCACAUAGUUUUGACAUUGUAAUAGCAGAUCCUCCCUAUCUUUCUGAGGAAUGUCUCAGAAAGACAUCAGAAACCAUCAAGUACCUGACGAGGGGCAAGAUUCUGCUGUGCACAGGUGCCAUCAUGGAAGAACAGGCAGCGCAACUUCUGGACGUGAGGAUGUGCAAGUUUAUUCCAAAACACACCCGAAACUUGGCAAAUGAGUUUCGCUGUUAUGUGAAUUAUGAUUCUGGACUGGACUCUGAAACCUAAAUACAGGCAGGGACAUGUUACUCAGUAAAGGAUCCCAGUGACAUUUUCAUUUCCCUCUUUUUAUUUUCUUAGUCAAUCGAAAAGCUAUAACUUCUUCUCCCACUCCUCCCCAAACUGGGGCUGUCCUGGCCUAAUUUUCAAAAUAAAGGAGAAAACCGUCA